AUGAACCGUCGCAUAGCGAUGCGACUGAUGAGCUUGCGCGCGGAGGGCAGCUUGAGGACGAUCCUGCACAGGUGCGGGCCACUUCGCGGUUGCGGCUCACUGGCCGUCCUGAUUGAUGGCGACAACGUGUCCCCGACCUCGCUGCAGUCCGUUCUGCAGGCAGUGCGGUCGGUCGGCCAGAUCAAGUACAGCCGAAUUUAUGUCAACCAGCACAAAGCUUUGCUCUGGAAGGACCAGCUCAUAGAGCAAGGUAUCGAGACGAUCGUGGUGCCGCAGCUGUCCUCUGGGCUGAAGGACCCGGCAGAUAUCAUGCUGGCUGUGGAUGCUGUGGAGGAAUGCUUGAAAGGCACAACCUUCGGCAUCGCUGUCGCAUCGGAGGAUGUGGACUUCGCCAUCGUCUUGCGGAAGGUUCGUCAGCUCGGCCGUCGCUCCUAUGCCGUGACCCCCGCGCGAUCGACUUCGCGGUGUCAAGAGCUUCUGCGCUCGGCAGCAGACGAGCUCCUGCUCUUCGGGGAGCGUCCCAAGAUCAGCAAGGUGGCGGACCAUUUGGACACGUCGCGCCUGGAUUCCGACGUGGAGCUGGCGGAACAGGCGGACCUGGGGGACCAGCCAUUGACUGAAGAGAGGCAGAGGAGCAUGGAGAAGCUGGAGGAGCUGUUGCAAGAACUUGGCUACCUGCCCAGACCACCCCAGCGCGGCGUUAUGGUAGCCGCGCUGGCCAAGUUCUUCCACGCAAACGGGCUUGGUCGGCUAACCAUCCGGCCUCUCCACGAGGGCCUCACGCAGGCCUUCGCGCUGAUGGAAAGGCCACCGGCUGGAGGUUGGGCUCCCGAUCCCAAGACUUUGGUGUUUCUGAAGCCCAAGGGGGAGUCCGCAGCAAAGAGUCUCGAGGAGGACAGGGCCAGGCAGGCAGGGCCUCUCUUGACAUACAUCAGCGAAGACCUUGUUCAGCGAGUCCUUUGUCGCUUCGGGUACCUUCAGGCUGGCGAGGAAAGCUUGGGCCAGGUGAUGGAGGCCGUGGAGUUGUUCUGGGACCGGAACCGAAAGGAGCUCCAAAAGUGCGGGCAUCUGCAGGCGCGUGGCGAUGCCCGCGAGGCCUUGCACCAGAUCUUCACAGAGCCACAUCGUCUUCAGGUCUGGCGCCGUGCCGCGGAGGAGGCCAGGCUCCGGCGCCGACUGAAGGAAGUGGGUGAGAUUCGACAUGCCGCUGUGCCGCGGCCGCAGCUGGUGGAGGCCAUGCGCCGGCUGCUCCAAAUCCGAGCACCCAGGGAGGAGCUUCCCAAGAUCUACGCAGCACACGUGUCACGGUGCUUGCAGCACCUUGAGCGUGAUCCAAGCAGUCGCAGAUAG